GCUGCUUCAGCCCUGACAGUCCUCUCCUGCAUCACAACAAGAAGGCACACAACACAAGUGGACACUCACAGGCAGUAAAAGCUGCUGUGGCUCGCCUCAACAAGGCCGCAGACUACUCCUCUUCCAGUGAUGAUGAAGAAACAAACAGGUCUGCUGUCUGUAAUGGUGGAGGGAAACACUUCAGAGGACUGCCCAAUGGCAUCGUCUUACAGCCUCACCACAAUCUG